GAAGCUUCAACAUUGAGCAGUUGACAAGAGAAUUUAUUUCAAGGAUCUAAGAAAAGCGUUGCGCCUGAAUUAUCUUGAAUUAUGGAAAACACCGGCAUUUUCUGUAAGUAAACUGAAAGUUUGUAAAAUUAAUGGUAAGUUUGACGAAGAAAGAUGCAGCUGGAGCAAAUUUUGAGCGCCGCGGUGGAGGCCGGCGACGUGGACAGCCUCGCGCUCGACGAGCUGCCAUCGCCCGACGUGCCUGCCACGUCCCCAGGCGCUCCAAUGCCAUCGUCAACGCGUGUGUUCGAUGCACAGAAUUCUCUUCACUCGAAUUCCAACAACUUUUUGACAAGAAUUAAUCCUGUGGAAAUGACUUCCUACGAUGCUGUCACCUUGGUAAGAAAAGCAAGAGAUGAAAAUUUAAGUGACAAAUUUGUGCAUAAUUCAGUUUCAAUAACAUCGAACAGCUCGUUGAUUUCUGAAUGUGAUCCGCUGGGGGAUGCCUCGGACGAAUUUUCAUUAUUUAAUCUCAGGGAAGACAGCCUCGUCAUCACCUCUCAACAAGCUCUGGCGAUGUUUGAAACUUCCAACGAAGACGUAAGUUCCUCUUCCUUUUCAAACCCAUCAUGUUUUGGAGUGAGAAAUUCUAAAAAAUCAGAUUCGGACCAUUUGAAAAACUUUGGAACCGUUACCGAAAACAAGAAAAAGGCUCAAGUUCACAACUGCGUUGAAUUUAAUGCUGAAGAAGUUGAGGGAGACGUGCCUGCUGCUUACGGUGAGGUUGAAAUUGAAACUUCAACUUCCCCUGAAACCGUAACUCAAGCUUCAGAACAAGACACAGCUGCAGAGAUAACUCUCACUGAACCUCCAGGAGAAGACUUUGAAAUUCCUAAUCUGGAGUUGGAUCAUUCGGUGAGUGCACAAGAACAUGCAGAAUUCGAAGCAUCCGAUGACUUUUGCGAUGAACUGCCAGAUAUUACCACUGGAAAUCCAUCAAAUUUAUUGAGAUAUUCGAAAUUACAAACGAUAACUCGAAAUUCUGAUGAUCACAUGAACUCUGGUACUGAAUACUUUCACAAGGACGGCCAUUCGCCAAUGAACGAAUUCAAUGCGAAAAUAGUUGUGGUCAGUCGUCACGAAGCCUUCAACGAUUCUGAAAACAACCAGACUGGCAACAACGCCACUAUAACUCUUUCCGUUGAUGAGGAUCACAUUAAAGAUUCGAGUGAUCAAAAUAGUGUGUCCGAGCCAAUGAUGAGUCAGAUUCUGAGUCAGACCAUCAAUAGUGUCCUAAACGAUAAUAGUUCUUCUGAUAUCCGGGAUGAUAUCUCACUAGGAGAUUUCGAUAACAUCGAGAAAAUUUUAGGAAGUUCUACCUCAUUCACGAAGAAUCAAAACUCAGAUUGUCCCGUUGAAAGUAUAAUCAAUUUUAAAAGUGACAAUGAGCCGCAUUAUACUUCUCUGACCCCGGUAUCGACGUCCACAAACAUGAAAACAAUUAUCAACGAUAAUGUAGGAGUCCUAGCUGGCUUAGAGCCUCCUGCAGGAGCUACUGUUGACGCCACUCUUGAUGAAAAUGGCCAGUUUUUAGUCCAAGUGAUAGCACCUGGCCUCAACAUGACAAUUCCAAAUCAAUUUCUGAACAAAUUGAUGCCUCACAGUAACGAAACAGGCUCUCAAAGGGGAACAGACGACCACAUGUCACCACGCCUAACUGAUUUGGAUGAGCACAUGGAGGCUUUGAUCAACAUUCCAACAAAUUCAGAAGAUGAAAGUCAUUCCAGCUCACAAAAAUCAAAAAAUAAGAUGACUCGGAAAAUUGCUGCUCCUGAAUUUACAGAAGUUGAAAAAGGGUCGAAACAACCUGGUGAGUUUUCCCGGACGAAGCAAAAAUGUAUUACAACUAAAAGUCAAACGCUUGCCAUCAAGAGAGACAGCAAAAAACUUAAGAAGGAAAAGAAAAGAUUGAAAUUUUUCAAGAAAAUGUUGUCACGAGAACAUAUUCCGGAAAAUAGUUUGUCACCAUUCAUUCACCCUACACAAUUUCAACGAUAUCAUCAUUCAAGCAUGACUGGGAACUCGUAUUCGUACAAUCCAUACAACUGUUACCCUCAUGCGAUGUACAAUUAUGGACAACCAAGGGACUACUACUGCCCGAAUGGACCGUAUAACUCUUACCACAAGUCCUCGUUUACGCCGUUCGCUGCAGCUAACAGUAAUAGUUAUGAAAACUCCGUGUGGUCUAUGGAUGAAAUGCUCAGUCCUCGUGCACCGCCUCACCCCACCUCUUGCAAGGAAUUUCGUGCUGGCUUCAACGACCGUCGCAUUGGAUACGGGGACGUUCACAGUGAACAACAAGAUCUUGAAGAUGAAAACGCGAACGAAGAUGUGCCAAUAAUCAUGUCACCCGAGGAGUAUCAUAACAAACUGCAAAGGGAUGGGCAAGUGUCCGGUAAAGUGGGCAGCGCUGAACUUGUCCAAACCAAUACUGAUGGCGAUUCUCUCAAAGUUCAGCUCGUGUAUCUCGUGUACCCGCACAAGAACAAAGCCAGCAAUGACGAGAGAAGAGCUGGUCAGAACGAUCAGGAUCCCUGGCAAAAUGGGCGCAGGAAAGAUGACAGUCGAGUGCCCUCGGCCCUGGACUUCCACGGGGCAGGGGCACCGCCACAAGGGGCCUCGUUCCCUCAGUAUCCUGGCUACCCGAUGCCCAAUAAGCAUCCCUCGGACUCCGCUCCCUACCAACCCCCACACCAUCAACAAUAUGAAUAUGGUCAGCCAUCACAGUACAUGUACGAGAGAGAGCCCGUACACCCCGGCAUGAGCGGCAGCCAUCAGUCCCUCAGCGCCCGAGAUAAGACCAUCAGUUGGCUCUCCUCCGGCGACAGCUCCAGCUUCACGCCCUACAAAUCCAGUGAAGCUUCCUCGUCUACAUCGGCAGCGUCGUUUGGUAAUGAUUCGAACAAAAAAUCAGACGACUACAGAGGAAAGCCAAUGUCGGAAUGGGAGUUCCGACACGUUGCUCACUUCUUGAUCGAAGCCACGCACGACUUGGGCAUCCAGUACGAAAACACAGACCUGUCGCAGCUCAGUAAGGUCAACGGCCAGAAGCUUCUUAACAUGACGCCUGAAAACUUCGAAAAAUUCGCUCCUACGGAAGGAGAAAGGAUAUUCGAUUAUGUGCGCAGGCACAGAAAUCAUCAGUUGAUAACUGAAGGUGGAACUGAUAGUUUCAUGGAUGCAAUUUCGUCCUCAAGCGGUAACCAUGGUAACCAGCAACAGUCUAUGGAAAAUCCCCACCCGAGCUACAGCUCAGCCUCUGGCCCAGGUUACUCCGAUGAUAUUUUCUCAUACAACUCUCCCAUGGACACCAGCUUUAGCGAGAAAACUUUCGGGGGACCAUCAAAACAAAAUUCACCUUACGUUCUUAAAGUCCCUUCCCCGUACAGCAUGAAUUCGGCAAAUCCUCCUCCUGCCAGCUCAUCAUCCUUUUCCGCUGAUUCUGGGUUCUCAUUUGCCAUCAAUAACUCGAGCUCGUCUGAAGUUCUCGUUAAUCAGCAGUCACAAUCAGAUUCGGUACUGCAUCAGACUCCGCCAUACCAAAGGCAUCCCUCGAACAGCAGUUCUCAUCUGCAUGGUAUCCCGUCGCUGGAGAACAAAGGAUCUCAUCAUUCCCAAGUACAAAGACCAUCGGCUGGUCCUUCCUCUUUCCAUUUGGAACUCUGCCGACCAGCCUCAAGCAUGUCUGCUCCGUCUGAUUUAGACGAAUCCAGCGAUGACGAUGAUGAUGAUGAAGCCGACGACGAGGACGACGACGAAGAAGCAGAAGAAGAAGAAGCUGCUGAGGAGAAAACUGAAGAAGAAAAACCGCCCGAACCUCCAAAGAAGAGAGGACCAGGGAGACCUCCCAAGCCUGAAAGCGAACGUAAGAAGAAGAAAAAGACCGGCAGGCUGUGGGAGUUCAUCCGCAACCUGCUGCUCAGCCCCGAGACUUGUCCGUCGAUCGUCCGGUGGGAAGACCCGGAGGCUGGCGUCUUCCGGUUUGUGCAGUCGGAAAAAGUAGCCGAGAAAUGGGGCAUGCGAAAAAACAAUAAGAAAAUGAAUUACGAGAAGCUGAGUCGAGCAAUGAGGUAUUAUUACAAGGGAAAAGUUUUCGAGCCUGUGCUAGGUCGAAGGCUCGUUUACAAGUUUGGCGUGAACGCUAAAGGUUGGAAACCAAACAACGGAAACUAUGACCAAUGAUUCCGUGAACAAUGGCUUAUGAUUCGUGCAUCAAUGAUCAUUAACCUCGCUAGUGCAGGUAUAUAUCGUAGAUAAAAGAUUCGUAUCCAUACAGCUUCCUUGAAUGUAAGCUGACUGUUUUUUAGUCUUGGUUAACUUUGAAUCUAAGAGUUUUCUGAUAUUUUAGAUGUGAAUGUAGCACCGAGUUAGCUCUUCACGUUUUGUUUCAUUUCGUUCU